GAUGAUCACUGCCAAUGAGGUAGGCCAUUCGGGUGGCUGAUAGCCAAUUAUCUACCAUCUGAAGAUGAUAGCCUAAUAGCUAGAUCUCGUCACUUAUGACGCUCAGGACAAUUUGCCAUAUAGACAGAGUUCAUGUGUUUCUCCCGCUGUUUCCACUGACCGACGAGGCUGCACGUUUGUGCUUUGGGACCUGGGCAGGCAAGAUUACGCAUCCUCCAGAGGUUAGAAAUGGAGGCUAUUAAUCAUAAACUAAACACGUACAUAGACUCAUGGAUGGGUCCCAGAGAUGAACGGGUACAGGGAUGGCUGCUGCUAGACAACUACCCUCCAACCUUUGCACUAACACUCAUGUACUUGCUGAUCGUAUGGCUGGGGCCCAAGUACAUGAGACACAGACAGCCGGUGUCUUGCCAGGGCCUCCUGGUGCUCUACAAUCUGGCCCUCACUCUAUUAUCUUUCUAUAUGUUCUAUGAGAUGGUGUCUGCUGUGUGGCAAGGGGGUUAUAACUUCUACUGCCAAGACACACACAGUGCGGGAGAAACAGAUACCAAGAUCAUGAAUGUGCUGUGGUGGUACUACUUCUCCAAGGUCAUAGAGUUUAUGGACACCUUCUUCUUCAUCCUACGGAAGAACAACCACCAGAUCACGUUUCUGCACAUCUACCACCACGCUAGCAUGCUCAACAUCUGGUGGUUCGUCAUGAACUGGGUGCCCUGUGGUCACUCCUACUUUGGUGCCUCCCUCAACAGCUUCAUCCAUGUCCUGAUGUACUCUUACUAUGGGCUCUCUGCUGUCCCGGCCAUACGGCCCUAUCUAUGGUGGAAGAGAUAUAUCACACAAGGCCAGCUGAUUCAAUUCUUUUUGACCAUGUCCCAGACCAUCUGUGCAGUCAUUUGGCCAUGUGGUUUUCCCAGAAGCUGGCUGUUUUUCCAAAUAUUCUAUAUGGCCUCGCUUAUUGCCCUUUUCUCAAACUUCUACAUUCAGACUUACAAGAAACACAGUGUUUCACAAAAGAAGGCGUAUCACCAGAAUGGCUCUGUUGAUUCGCUGAAUAGCCAUGCGAAUGGGGUGACACCCACGGAAACCAUUACACACAGGAAAGUGCGGGCGGACUGAAGCUUGAAUAACCUCUCAAUCCUAACUUUUGUGCAUAUCUACUAUGUAUGUAAUAUUGCUAGGAGCGAUGUAGGAUUUCUUAUGAAGAAAUGUAUUAGAAGAGCAUAGCUAGUUUAUUCACAAUAUAAGAAAAGCCAUGUUAAUCUGAAAGGGAUUCCUAACAUUUUGCACACCGCUGUCUGUUACUAUUCAUAUUGAAUCUAAGUUAUUUACAGUUAAGUAACAAGGAUAGCAGAGGAACCACAGUACAGAACAGUCCCAGAUACCCACUUCCUUUUAAUGCUGCACAAGACUUUCAAAUGUGUCCACUGAGUAACUUUAGAGAGGUUCACCUUCAUUGCUUGCAUUGUAAAGUUUAGUUUAAAACCAGUUGCAAUAAUAGAUUUGUCUAUUGUCUGUAUCAGUCAAACAGGUUUGAAAAGCAUUUGUCCGUCAAAUGGCACUGAUCAGAACAAUAUUUUAUGUGAACAAGAAAUACUAUAAAUUCAGUUUUAUUUUAGUUCUUGCUUUAGAUAAUGCUGUUGUUGUAGCAAUAGUUUACAUACAAGGGCAUUUUAUGAGAGCCCUAAUCUCUUGUGGACAGAUGCAGGUAACAUAAAUCGAGCAUCUGACGCAAUUGUGCAAUUUUAGUUCUGGGUGUCCGUGACUAUUCCUCUACAGUAGCAAUUUAGUUUCUAUCUAAUCUUUUCCCAGUUUGAAUAUUUAUUUCCUACUUUAUUGCAACACAUUAUACAACAAAAAGCUAAAAUCACACUGAUAGUGUCAUGGAUUGUGUUAAAAAUAGAUGAAGUGUGUUGAAAUAGUUAAAUGUGUCUACUCAACCCUCAGAAUUCAGCCCCAUAUGAUAUUAAUGUAUGCAUACAUGACUGUAAAUCACUUUGUAUAACAGCGUCUGCUAAAUGGGUUAUUAUUAUAUGACAUAUAUUCUCAUUAUCUCUCUGAACCCAAAGUCACCAUUUUACUGUUAUAUGUGCUGAGAAUGUCAACCUCAUCUCCAUGGAAUGCAGAAAACAAUUAAUACAAUUAUAAACCAAACUUAAACUCUGUAUCAUAUUUAAUAUAGUUUACAUAUAUGUGCUGUGUUUUAAACCCAUUCCUCCCUCUUACACUAGUGUUUCCCUCAUUAGAUUGAAUCAGGAUAAAAGUUACAUCAAGCCAUGAUGUGACUAUUGUGUUUUCUCCAAAGCGUUGCCUUAAUAGAUGUUGCUACCUAUAUGUUUAACUUGUUCCCUUCGUUAUGGAAUUGUAUUAUAGUCCAUGUAUGCCUUAAUUAUGAAAUACAGGGGCCAAAUCGCCAACUUAUGUUGUAGAGAUGUGUCUCGCUUUGAAAGCCAUUUAAAGCGCUUAUCUAUGGCUGGGUUUACACAUACAGUCCAAUGCAGAUUUUUUUCUUCACCAAUUGGUCUUUUGACCAAUCAGAUCAGCUCAGAAGUAGAUCUGAUGUGAAAAGAUCUGAUAUGAUUGGUAAAAAGACCAAUUAGUGAACAAACAUAUCAGAAUUGGGUUGCCUGUUUAAACGCAGCCUAAAUCAGCUGAAGGAUGUAAUCUACUGUUGAAAUAUGGUGAGAUGAAUGGUGUAAUAAACUGUUGUCAAUGUGGCUGGAUGAAUGAUGUAGUUCUGGGUGUCCUUUGAAAUGUGGUCAGAUUAAUUAUGUAAUCAACUGUUGUAAAUGUGGUCAGAUGAAUGAUGUCAUCAACUGUUGAAAUUUGGUCAGAUGAAUGAUGUAAUCAACUUUUGAAAUGUGGUCAGAUGAAUGAUGUAAUCAACUUUUGAAAUGUGGUCAGAUGAAUGAUGUAAUCAACUUUUGAAAUGUGGUCAGAUGAAUGAUGUAAUCAACUUUUGUAAAUGUGGUCAGAUUAAUUAUGUCAUCAACUGUUGAAAUGUGGUCAGAUGAAUGAUGUAAUCAACUUUUGUAAAUGUGGUCAGAUUAAUUAUGUCAUCAACUGUUGAAAUGUGGUCAGAUGAAUGCCGUUUUGAGAGAGAAACAGCAGGACACCACAUUAUUAUGUCUGUGAAUAGACUGCAAAAUCAGAUUUGUAUACACAGUAAUCUGUAGAAAUGUACUCAGCUUUCUAACAAUGCAAGUGAAGCCAGCCUCGAAGCUGUUGCAUUUGUAAUGUCACUGAGAUUGGAAUUAAUAAAAGCAUUCAAGCUUCAUCUAGA